AUGAAGCUCUCCAUCCUCCUCACCUCCGGGCUCGCCGCGGUGGCCAGCGCCAUCGCCAUUGGCGACCGCCCCGCCAACCGCAAGAGCUACUCCGGCUACAAGGUGUUCCGCGUCGAUGUCGAGAAUGAGGCAGUCGCUGAGCGCCUGAACAAGGUCAUCGAUACUCUGGGCCUGUCGACCUGGAAGGCCCGCCCGCGCGCCGGCUACACGGCUGAUAUCGUCGUCCCGCCGACGGCGCUGCUCCAGUUCGAGAGCGAGGUCGCCGACCUGAAGACGAUGACGAUGCAUGAGGAUCUGGAGAAGAGCAUUGAGGAGGAGUCGGCCUUCGGCAUCUAUGCUGCCGGUACUGCCAACGAGACGUGGUUCAACUCGUACCACGCGUACAACGACCAUCUUCAGUUCCUGCGCGACCUGCAGUCGUCGUACCCGGAUCGCUCCGCUAUCGUCACGGCCGGCAACUCAAACGGUGGCCGCGCCAUCACUGGCAUUCACUUCUGGGGCGACUCGGGCAAGGGCAAGCCCGCUGUUGUCUUCCACGGUACCGUCCACGCUCGCGAGUGGAUCACCACCAUGGUCGUUGAGUACUUCGCCUACUACAUGCUGACCAAUUCCAACACGACUGAGAUGAAGUCGUUCCUGAACAAAUACGACUUCUACUUCUUCCCAAUCCGUCUAGGCUUUGUCUACACCCAAACCAACGACCGCCUCUGGCGCAAGAACCGCCAGACCAACUCGGGCAGCAGCUGCGUCGGCCGCGAUAUCAACCGCAACUGGCCCUACCAGUGGUCAGUCUCGGGCGGUGCCUCGACCAACCCCUGCGCCGAGGACUACAAGGGUGCCAAGCAGAGCGACGCCCCCGAGACGACCGCUCUCGCCGCCUGGCUCACCAACAUCAAGUCUUCUCAGGGCAUCAAGCUGUACAUUGACUGGCACUCGUACAGUCAGCUGUUCAUGACCCCAUACGGCUACUCUUGCACUGCCCGCGCCUCGAAUAACGCCGAGCUGCAGUCUCUCGCGUCCGGCGCCGCCGCCGCCAUCAAGGCCGUCUAUGGCACUUCCUUCAAUACCGGCCCCAUCUGCAGCACCAUCUACAAGGCUACUGGCAACAGCGUCGACUAUGUCAAGGACGUUAUUGGCGCCACCUACGUCUUCACCGCUGAGCUGCGCGACAAGGGUAACUACGGCUUCCUGCUGCCUGCUAACCAAAUCAAGCCCAGCGGUGUUGAGGCUUGGGCGGGCGUAAGGUACCUGCUUUUGAACAUGAAGUAA